AUGAAAGAGUGGAGCUUGGAUUCACCGGAACACCGCUCUACCUCCCCAAAGCAGCGUUUAAGCCUCGGCUUCGUCGUUUCCUUCAUGGCUCUUUGCGCCAAGCACGCCGGCCGAGUUUCCAAAAAGCUGAAGCCAAAGCCUAAAGAUCAAUUCGGCUUGCGUUCCGAUUACCCCAGAUUCUUUGCUUCUCCGAAAUCACCUCUAAAAUCGCCGAGGCCGAAGCAGCUUUUGGCGACGCUGAGUAACAAGGCGAUCAAGUUUGUGCACCGGAAGAGGCACGGCGAAGGAAACGGGAGAGAUGCAGAGGCGGAGGAGAUCGGUGACGGUGGCGUAUGGCAAAGGGGGAUCCUGAUGGGCGACAAAUGUCAGCCGUUGGAUUUUUCAGGUGUGAUCUAUUACGAUAGCAAAGGGAAUCAAGUGGAGGAGUUGCCUUUUCGCUCCCCACGUGCCAGUCCCAUGCCUGCUUACCUCAGCUCAAAGAAUGGUUUGAUUAGGUAA